AUGGCCUUAGUUACGUAUUCAGACUCAGAAGCUUCGGAUUCUGAAACUACCCCCCCAAACCCUCCUACCGCUUCACGAAGCCCUCCUACCCUUUGCGCCCCUAAAACAACAGCCUUCCAGCCACUGGUUGAUCGCAGUAACCCACGGAAGAUCAUUGUCACCCUCGCGGACACAAAAUCGGCUGAAGUUGAGAGCAAUGAUACAUCUCAGGGUGGAGAACCGGCUCGCAAACGAGCCAGGAUAGGUGGUAGCGGAACGUUGACUGGAUUCAAUGCCAUGCUUCCAGCGCCAAAACGCGCAGCGUUGAUUAAACCCAGUGAAAAAAGCACGACUGCUACCGUGACACGAAAAGUAUUUGAUCUUAAAACAAGCUCUAGCCCAGGGUUUUCUCGAGAGCCACAACCAUCACCCUCGGAGGACUAUGGUACUACCACUGAGGAAGGCCUUCGUAUGGAUGGCGACCCCGCCAAUCCUCAGAAAGCAAAAGCAGAAUCUCAAGUGGUAGAGAAAAAGGGUAAUUCGAUGAUGUUCAAACCAUUGUCAGUUGCUAGAAAUUCGAAGAAAAGGCCAAAGCCAAGGCCAGUAGCUGGAGCUACAGAUAAAACAGCAGCCCCUAGUUUGGAGUCAGCGAGCGAGGUAGAGCCACAAAAGCCGAAGCAGAAGCUCAAUUUAUUUGGACUAUCGAGCGAUGCAAUCUUAACUAAUACAGAUGAGCCAUACAGGCAGACACAUUACGAGCCAAUGGUCCACGUGCCCUCUAGAGACUCUGAGCUUCAGUCGUCAGUUGCCAGCGGUGUGGUAGAGAACCAAUCAGAGAUUUCUUUUACUCCUAGUCAGACAGACUCACUUGCAAAUGUUGCCAGUGAUCUGAAACUCUCACGGUCUGAAAUGCGGCAACUAAUGGGCAGAAAAGGUCGUGCCUCGGCAGCUGAUACCAGAAUCCUGACUUUUAACACAGAUCAAGAAUAUAAGUCUAAUUCUGCUCUACUCUCUGCAAUGUCCGAACAAGAACUUGCAGCUCAGCAGCAUAAUCCUGUUCGCUCCAUCGCCCCUGGCAAGCACAGUUUGCAGCAAUUGGUGAAUGCUGUCGGCAGCCAGCGAGAUGCGCUCGAAGACAGUUUUAUGGCGGGGAAAAGAAAUCGCAAGGAGGCAGGAUCUAGAUAUGGAUGGUAA